AAUUUAUCUAACAUAACCCCUCAGUAGUGGAAUGGUAAGCCACCUCAUACCAGAACUCCUCCCAAUAACCUCGAAACCUUAGCACUUAGAUCGAUGUAUAUAGCUGACGAUGUCGUUCUCUACCCUCCCAAAUGAAUUGGUCCAAAAGAUACUUAUCGCAGCUGUUCGAGUACGUGUUAGUAAACGUUGGUUUGGUACAAGUAGUGUCGAACGCGCUCUCCGGUUACGACUUGUUAGCCGAUUAUGGGACACCGUAACGAUGUACGCGGUGUUUCAGUCAGGAAUCCUUCACGAUCCUCAGCUAUUGCCGUUCCCUUAUAUUUGUCGCCCAUUCUGGUCUCGGUAUCUUACAGACAAGUUAAUGUGUACGGCCGAGCCGCCAACUCGGCCACUCCUUAUUAUCCGCCAAGUCGCAGAGCGCAUUUUAGCUUUCCGCGGUGAAGAUACUUGGGGUGAGAAACUAGAAGAGGUCAUUUUCGAGAUCUCCAAAGUUUGUAUGAAGACAAAUGAUCAUUACGGUGGAAGCUAUGUAACCUGGACGAUACCUCCAUCAAGAGAUACCAAGAUGUCGACCAAGAUGUCGACCAAGAUCACGGAUCACGAUGAGGACUUCGUGCAGGCUCUAUUAGCGGCUGCAGCUUUUACCAACGAAGUAAAAUUGGUGAAGGAGCUGCUUCCACAUUUCCGACAAUCACCAUACCUAAUUUCCCCCCCAUAUAGAUGCGAUGAUACUCCCAAUUUUGGCUAUCCAUUACUUGGAUGGCCAUUAGAAUUGGCUGCUUUCAAGGGAAAUGUUGAAAUAGUCCGCAUAUUUUUGGACUUCAUCACCGAAGCAGACGAAGGAAAGAGUCAGCAAGAAGAAGCAGGGCGUAACAUCAUCAUCCGACACGGAAGCAAAAAGAAUAACAUUGCCAUGAUCGAGCUGGGUCUUGAUCCAAAUUGUUGGUACGAAGACAGCGAGCAGGACCUCCUAUACACCUUCUCGUUAACCACAAGCGUCGAUACUUUCAAGCGUUUGCAUCAACUUUAUAAAGAGUGUAUCUUGGACGACAAGGAACGUCUCAUUGACGAUGAGGAAUUUCUUAAGAAUGAGGAAUUUCUGCUGAACGACGAAUGUAUGAUCGAGUACGAAAGGCCGCCUGAUUACGCCAACUCUUUAACUAGGCUUAGUGUUCUUUUGAAGUUAAUAUGUUGUUUUUCUGCGGCCGGGAACAUACCGCUAAUAGAACAUGUUAUCCAGCUCUGUAAGCAGCUCGGUCUAUCAGUUGAAGAUCUAAACAAAAGCAAGAAGUAUAGACUUUGCGGACCUCUUGGUGGACCAGCAGGAUACGGUCACCUCAGCACAGUUGUUUACCUGCUAGAAAUGGGGUUUAAAGCCGAUCGUAUUUCGAUACUCCAAGCUGUUUGGCAUGGAAAUCUUCGUAUAGUACGGCUACUGCUGGAAAACGUUGUUCACCACAUUGUUGACUGGGGUGGUGCCCUACUACAGGCAGUGAGGGGCGAGAACGAGUCGGUUUUCCGGCUAUUGGUGGAAUUUGGAGCACCACUUGACGAGUGGAUUGAAAACGAGGGACUACGUAUAGCGGAACGGGAGGGCCUAGAAUCAAUGGUUAAUCUAAUCAGAGAGUACGAGUGGGAGAUACCACGCCUUGAAUUCAUAGAAAAUGUGGAAUAGAGACGGGCUUGGGUCCAGCUUUCAAUAACGCCCUAUUCACUGAAGUAGGAAAUACAACAGGACCUACAUGUAGGCAGACUCCAAAAGGAUGCCUAGGUACUUCUCAUUGGCUAAACGAAUAAUGCCUCGCCACAUGCUGUAACGUCUAACAGAGUGCCACGAAUCAAUAGCAAACACCUCGGUAAAUGCAUUGUAAACUGGAACAGUGAGAAAUAACCAUAGAUGAUAUGAUGGGAAGCAUCCUAUUAUUUGCAAAAUGGGGCUGAGUAAUUUAGAACCCGUAAAUGCUUUGGGUGAUAAGGGAUGUGAUACGACAUUGUAUCACCUUAGGGGAUAUAAUAUGCCUU